AUGGCAUUUAAAACAUUCCUGACGCUCUUUGCCAGUGCUACGGCCGUCCUGGCUGCAAGCCGCACCACAGCACCAUCGGGCUGCUUGCACGUCGCCAAGUCGGGGGGCACCUACACGACAUUCCAGGCGGCCGUCAAUGCCCUGUCGACAUCUUCGACGGCGGACCAGUGCAUCUUUAUCGACCAGGGCACGUACACGGAGCAGGUCUACAUUCCCGCCCGCUCGGCCAAGCUGACCGUCUACGGCUACACCACGGACACUACCGGCUAUGCCAGCAACGGGGCCACCAUUACCUACAACAACAAUGCGGCCAGCGCUGGCAACAAUGAUGCAAGCGCCACUGUGCGUGUAUGGUCUGACAACUUUAAAAUGUACAAUCUGAACAUAAUCAACUCAUACGGCAAAGGAUCCCAAGCUCUGGCCCUCAGCGCACAAAGCUCGGGCGGCUACUACGGCGUCUCACUCUACGGCUUCCAAGACACGCUUCUGGCCAACGAGGACCAGCAGUACUACAAGAAAUGCCAGAUUACUGGCGCGACCGACUUUAUCUUUGGCCAGCGGGCUCAGGCCUGGUUCGAGGCUUGUGACAUUCGUGUCAGGAACGGAGGAUACUACAUCACUGCCAAUGGUCGUGAUUCUAGUAGCAACCCGUCGUACUACCUCUUCAACAACUGCAACAUUGCUGCUGCCUCUGGCGAGUCAGUGUCAAGCCGCACGUAUUACCUGGGACGACCAUGGCGAACCUAUGCCCGCGUCGUCUUCCAGAACACGGCUAUGAGCUCAGUCGUUCGUACUGAAGGGUGGACCGUGUGGGAUUCGAGCACCGAUACUUCGACCGUCUACUAUGCCGAGUACAACAACUCUGGCGAUGGUGCUACCGGGCCCCGGGUCAGCUGGGCCAAGACUCUCUCGUCGGCCGUGUCCAUCUCGACUGUCCUGGGCAGCUCAUACUCCAGCCAAGGAUGGUAUGAUUCGACGUUUUAA